AUGGCAGCCACGCCUCCAGUCAACCUCGACAAGCUGCGGCUUGACGACGAACCGCACUCGGACGACGAGAACCAGACGCAACAGUCAGAAUCGAAGCAGACGCACAACGCCUGUCCUGCCCUCACCAGUCCCAGCAACCCCUCUCCUCCCCCCUCCCCGACUAAAACUUCGCCAUCCCCGCACCCGAGUCCCGCCGUCGCCACCCCAGCGCCGAUAUCCGCCAUCCCGCCGAAACCGACAGUCGCCGUUCCUUCCUCGGCCACGGUGCCCGGCCAAGCGGCCAACAACCUCGUCCCCAACUCGACGUCGCCAAACUCGGCCUCAACACAUCCUUCCCUGUCCGUCAGCCCGCAGGCGCAAGCAUCACCUUCCCCGACAUCGCCCCGCGGCCCAGUCGCAGGCUUUACGUCCCCUGCGGCGCGGGCUCAACUCGAGGCUAUGCGCGCCGGAACGCGUGGUUCACCAGCAAUGCCUGUUGCAGGCGAUGUCCGUCCCCCGCCGCCCGGCGCUGCCGUUGGCGCGCAGCGCAUGGUUCGUCCGAUGGGCGGCCCCAUGGGCAUGCGUGCCGUCGGCAACCAGCCGCUUCCCUCAAAGCUGCCCCCGAGUCUGCAGGCCAAGAUGGACGCCGUCUCAGGACGACAUCGCGCAGGUACGCCCGCGGCCCAUACCGCUUUGGGAGGCAUGAAUCCUGCACCCGCUGCGACGUCGAUGAGUGCUCUUCUUCUUCAGCAGGCUAGGCAGGGCGGUGCUGGAGGUGCUGGCGGCGAUGCUGCCGGUGGCUCGCGCCCUGCUGGGCCCAACACUGGCCCUCUCGGUCUCGCUGCUCGUCGGGCCGCCAACCGUCCGCCAAUGACGCUCGGCGGCGCCGCCGGCCGCCCUGCUGCUGGAGCUGGUGGUCUCGCCGCUGCUCGUGCAGGUGUCGGAAUCGCGGGACGUCGCGGACCCCCGGGUGGCCUCAGCCUCGCUCAGAUGGGUGCCUCUACUCAGGACAACCGUUUCGAUGACUUCAGCCGUAUCAUGCAACCCAACGGAACGCUCAAGUUCUCCAAGGCUGUCCUUCACUCUGGCGGCGUCGACUUUGGAGACGGCCAGUCCUUCAAGAUCAACAUGGACGAGAUGGAGGUGCUCGGCGAGCUGGGCAAGGGCAACUAUGGCAGCGUGCAGAAGGUCUUCCACCGCCCGACCACUGUGCCAAUGGCGAUGAAGGAAAUCCGUCUUGAACUCGAUGAGGCUCGUCUGAACAGUAUCAUUGUUGAGCUCGACAUCCUGCACCGUGCCAAGGCCCCGGAAAUCGUCGAGUUCUACGGAGCCUUCACUAUCGAGUCAUGCGUCUACUACUGUAUGGAGUUCAUGGACGCCGGGUCUCUUGACAAGCUCACGGGCAUGGGCCGGUUCCCCAAGGACCAGAAGGAGAUGGACGAGCCGCCAGAGCACGCCGUACCCGAGGAUGUCCUCCGCCGAAUCACGGCAUCCGUUGUCCGCGGACUGCGGUUCCUCAAGGAUGAGCUCAGCGUUAUGCACCGUGACGUGAAGCCGACCAACGUCCUGAUGAACAGCAAGGGAGAGGUCAAGCUCUGCGACUUUGGUGUCUCUGGACAGCUCGAGCGCUCGCUCGCGAAGACAAACAUUGGAUGCCAGAGCUACAUGGCCCCGGAACGUAUCCGUGGCGAGAGCCAGAACCAGCAGUCGACAUACACGGUCUCGUCUGACGUCUGGUCUGUCGGAUUGACUAUCAUCGAGCUUGCGCGCGGAUACUACCCGUACCCGCCCGAGUCGUACUCAAACGUGCUGCUGCAGCUGAGGGCUAUUGUCGACGGUCCGACCCCGACACUGCCCAAGGGUUACAGUGAGGAGGCGCAGGACUUCAUCGCGAAGUGUUUGGUGAAGGACCCGAACGGCCGGCCAACGUACGCGCAGAUGCUCGAGCACCCCUGGCUGCUUAAGGACAAGGACGCGGACGUCGACAUGGCUGGUUGGGUGGCUGGGGCUCUGGAACGACAGGCCAAACGUGGCGUUAUUCCGCUGGAGGAGAUCGAGGCGUAA